UGGGGUGAGCUGGGAAUGGGAUGCAGGAAAGGGAUGGGAUGGAUGGAUCGCAUCCCAAAAAAUGGGGGGAGGUGGGAAUGGGAUGGGAUGGAGGGAUCAGAUCCCAAAAAAUGGGGGGAGCUGGGAUGGAGAGGGAAAGGGAUGGGAUGGAGGAAUUAUAUCCCAAAAAAUGGGGGGAGGUGGGAAUGCGAUGGGAUGGAUGGAUCACAUCCCAAAAAGUGGGGUGAAGUGGGAUUGGGAUGAGGGAAAGGAGAGGGAAAGGGAUGGGAUGGAGGGAUCAGAUCCCAAAAAAUGGGGUGAGGUGGAAAUGGGAUGGGAUGGAUGGAUCACAUCCCAAAAAAUGGGAUGGAGAGGGAAAAGGAUGGGAUGGAUGGAUCAGAUCCCAAAAAAUGGGGGAGGUGGGAAUGGGAUGAGGGAAAGGGAUGGGGUGGAUGGAUCAUAUCCCAAAAAAUGGGGUGAAGGAGGAUUGGGAUGGAGAGGGAAAGGGCUGGGAUGGAGGAAUUGUAUCCCAAAAAAUGGGGUGACGUGGGAAUGGGAUGCAGGAAAGGAGAAGGAAAGGAUGGGAUGGAGGGAUCAGAUCCCAAAAAAUGGGGGGAGGUGGGAAUGGGAUGAGGGAAAGGGAUGGGAGGGACGGAUCACAUCCCAAAAAAUGGGAUGAGGGAGGAUUGGGAUGGGAAGGGAAAGGGAUGGGAUGGGGGGAUCAGAUCCCAAAAAAUGGGGGGAGCUGGGAAUGGGAUGAGGGAAUGGGAUGGGAUGGAGGGAUCGCAUCCCAAAAAAUGGGGGGAGGUGGGAAUGGGAUGGGAUGGAUGGAUCAGAUCCCAAAAAAUGGGAUGAGGUGGGAUUGGGAUGAAGGAAAGGAGAAGGAAAGGGAUGGGAUGGAUGGAUCAGAUCCCAAAAAAUGGGAUGAGGGAAAGGAUGGGAUGGGGGGAUCACAUCCCAAAAAACGGGGUGAGGUGGGAAUGGGAUGAGGGAAAGGGAUGGGAUGGAUGGAUCAGAUCCCAAAAUAGCUCAGGAAUCGCUGAGAAUGGGAACAGGGACCCGUAUCCGUGUCCAUCCCAAACUUUCCCGGCCCUUGGGAUUUUGGUCUUCCCGUGGGAUUUUUGGUCUCCCCCCCUUGGGAAAAGGAUUUUCAUCCCUAAAAGUAGAGCCGAGGCGGACGAGGAAGGGAAUUCCUUGGAUAACGGGACCCCCACAUUCCCUGGGAUCCCUUCCCGGCUUUUGGGGGGGGCUUUUCCCACUGGGAAGGAAACGGGGAUUUCGGGACACAUUCCAAGGUGGAUCCCAGGCAGGGAAGGGAUCCAGGGGGUGAUCCCAGGGGGCUGCAGCUUCCCAGGAAUUCCUGCUGGGAUUUGGGGAAGCUCCCCCAGCUUCACUCCAGCGCUUCCCUAUUCCUACCUGGCAUUCCCACCCUCCACAUUCCCACCCGGCAUUCCCACUCAGCAUUCCCACCUCUCCACAUUCCCACUCGGCAUUCCCAAACCUCUACAUUCCCAUCCAGCAUUCCCACCUGGCAUUCCCACCCAGCAUUCCCACCCAGAAUUCCCAUCCAGCAUUCCCACCCUCCACAUUCCCACCCAGCAUUCCCACCUGCCAUUCCCACCCGCCAUUCCCACCCCUCCACAUUCCCGGCAUCUCCCCUUUCCCAGCCCCACCCACCGCUCCCUCCUCUUCCCGCUCUUCCUCAGGGAUUCUUGGCAUCCCAAACCCCUCUCAGCGCCAGGAUCAGGAAUUCCAGGUGUGGAAAAGCCCCUGGAGAGGAGCAUUCCCGGGGAUCCCGGGGGGCUGCAGCUUCCCAGGAAUUCCCGCUGGGAUUUGGGGAAGCUCCCCCAACUUCACUCCAGCGCUUCCCUAUUCCCACCCGGCAUUCCCACCCCUCCACAUUCCCACCUGACAUUCCCACCCCUCCACAUUCCCGGCAUCUCCCCUUUCCCAGCGCCUCCCUCCCCUUCCCGCUCUCCCUGGAGUCCUCCCGUUAUCCCGGACAAUUCUGGCGCCGGGAUCAGCAAUUCCAGGAGUGGAAAGGCACCUGGAGAGGAGCAUUCCCAGGGAUCCCGGGGAGCUCCGGGGAGGAACCCCCCAAAUCCCGGGAAUUUUGGGGGGGAUCCCCCCUGCGGAGCCGCCUCUCCGCGGGAAAUCCCGCCCGCUCUUCCCGGGAAGCGCCGGGAUUCCCAUUCCCGGCUGAUCCCGAGCCCCGUCCGGACCCUCCGGCACGAUCCAGGUGAGGAAUUCCCACCUGGAUUCCCGCCGGGAUUCCCAUUCCCGGCUGAUCCCGAGGCCCGUCCGGACCCUCCGGCACGAUCCAGGUGA